UUUCCUGCCGGCCGCGGGGCUCGCGCCGCAGCCAUGGUGGACAUCAUGGAGUUGCCCAAGUCGCGCAUCAAUGCCAGCAUGCUCGCUCAGUUCAUCGACAAGCCGGUCUGCUUCGUGGGGAGGCUGGAAAAGAUUCAUCCCACUGGAAAAAUGUUUAUUCUUUCAGAUGGAGAAGGAAAAAAUGGAACCAUUGAGUUGAUGGAGCCCCUUGAUGAAGAAAUCUCUGGAAUCGUGGAAGUAGUUGGAAGAGUAACGGCCAAGGCAACCAUUAUGUGUGCAUCAUAUGUCCAGUUUAAAGAAGAUAACCAUCCUUUCGAUCUUGGCCUUUACAAUGAAGCUGUGAAAAUUACCCAUGAGUUUCCUCAGUUUUUUCCUUUGGGGGUUGUGCAAUAUGAUUGAUCUUGAUGAGCACAUUGAAGACUGUCAUAGUAAACCCCUGAUAUUUGAGGGAGAUUUCUGUGAUUUUUAAUAUUUAACUUGUUCUUUUUUAUUUCAUUUACCUAACCUUAUGAGAUACUGCAAUAUCCCACUUUUGAUGAAACCUGUCUGUAUAUUGAAACUUAAGUCCUCCUAAAGAAUCCCGUCUCCAGUAAUAUGGUCAGAUCAGAUGCAAGAACAAAGCAGUUGCCUUGAAUUUAGUUUUCUGUUUUACUAAUAAAGGCUGAAAUGGUA